AUGGCGGACGGACACAGCUUUCCAAGUGCUAUUAACCGCCCCACCGCCCAGGUAAAGGCUCAGUCUAAGAGGGACUCAGCAGAGAUAAAGCGGCGAAGUGCGGGUUUAACCCGGACAGGUUCAGUGCGGCGCGGUUCUCUGGAUUCCCUGAUUGACUUGCUGGAGAGGCGGGACAACCGUAUGUCCUGGGCUUCCACAGACUCCGAUGAGGGAUUUGAUUUGCUAGCUACGCUAACCUCGACUUUCGAUAAGAAAUUGCAAACAUUAUCUAGUGCUAAAAUGUCCAAUUGUGCAUCAUCAUCAAAGCCUCCUAGGUGGGGUCUGAAUUCAAAUGGUGGCAGUGUAAGUAAUGGCGCUUUACCUGAUGCAGGCGAUUCCCCGGCAGCUCAGACGGCACAGCACCGACUCCCUCCACAGCCUCCCCUGUCCCACUUAUCUCGGCAAGCAGCCAUGCAGGCAGAUAAUCAGGGUCAAGGAAAGCAGUACAGAGAUCCCAGCCUACACAGGACGCCACCGAAAUCGGACGCGAAGAUAGGAUUGGCGACCAGAUUUGAGAGAAGCACCACUCACAAUCCUCUCUAUGAAGGCCACAGUGAGCCAAGUCUUAACCUUCUGGUUCGGUCAAGUAGCAACAAUAGUGGUAUCAACCUGCACAGUGAUGUUACAUACUCGGCUGAUAGCGCUGUUGUCCAAGGGGUUGCUUCUAGGGGGAUGGAACGUUCUGAGAGUAACGUUGUAAUCCAAGGGGUUGCUUCUAGGGUGAUGGAACGUUCUGAGAGUAACGCUGCAAUACAAGGAGUUGCUUCUAGGGGGAUGGAACGUUCCGAGAGUAGUGCUUCAAUUCAUGGGGCUGCUUCUAGGGGGAUUGAAAGGUCUGAGAGUGAUUCAAGGGUUGCCUCAGUCAUGGUCGUGAUUUCCAGUCCAUCGAUAAUGUCUGCUGACAGCAGCGGUCGCAUGGCAAUACAGCAACACGUCUCUAAACCUCUCACUGCAUACCAGUCACCGCUAAAGUCGUUCUUAAACUCGCAGAAUGACGGUCUCCAUGGUGACCCCUUAAGGACAGAAACCCCACCAAAACGUCCAGACUACCGGCCCAUUACAAAAUCAGAAAAGACCGAAGUGAAUGUGAGACUAUCUCAGAGCUUAGAGAAAAACAGAGCAGCCGAGGAAUCUGACGCUGCCAGUCGUGGACCGGUCAGUGAGAGUGUGCCAAAAACUCGGUCUGCAUCGCCGCCUGUAUUCGGUAGGAAACGAAACGAGCAGUGUAAACGUCGUCGCCAUACAGUGGGUGGUACAAGUGAUAGCAAUAAUAUUUUAGCAAUGGACGCCGCCUUGUCAAAUGUGAAACGACAGUCGGCUUGGGAGCAACUGCGACCGAACGUUGGUGCCAACGUUGGGCCACACGCAAACAUGCAGUCGUGGCUGCAGGCUGAGCGACUCAGGGGAAGUUCACCUGAUCUGUCGUCCCUCAGGGAUAGGGGAAACAGACAGGCUACAUCCUGACCUUGAACUUGAGUAUUGACCAUGUUUUGACCUUAACCAUUGACCUUGGUUUUUACUUUGAAAAUAAAUCUUGGUUGGGGUUUGAUCUGUGCUUGACCUUGAGGGAUUUGAUGCUAUGUUUGUUCAUUGACAUUGGAGUGUUUAGGAUUAUGUGUAUAGACAGAAGUUCAAAAUGUCGCAAUUCUGAUAAAGGGUAUUCAACUGCAAUAAGUUUGUUAAGAAGGUGAAACUUUGUGAACUUGAUUGCGUUGACAUGAACUUUAUAUUGACACAGAGACUCAAAUACAAUCAUUGAUUAAUUAGCUAUUGAUUUUGUUAGACACUAUUUUAUUGAAUGUUGAUUAAUGCAUUGUUGAUAUAGGUAUGUACAUUUUAUUUGACUUUUUUUACUGCAAACUGAUUAACCUUUGAACUGUUUAUUUAAAACUUGAGUGUUAAAUCCCCCAAACUUCCGCUGUUAAAAUACUCAAGAGAUGGAAACCAUGUUAUGUCAAAUCAUUAUUACUCUUUGGACAUGAUUUAUUUCAUUGAUUUCGUGAGUUGAUCAAUCCGCGAAUUUAUCACAAACACAUCGGAAAAUGACCCAUGCAAUCCUGAUUCUUUUAUUUCUAAAAUAAAAAAAACAUGAAAUUAUGUGUCUGCAAAAGCCUUUUUUUUUAAAUAACGUUAUUUCUUGCCAACGAAUAUAAACUAUUUGGCAGCAUUCCAAAACCGGUUGGUACUGGAAUACAAAUUGCUACGGUAUUUAUCGAUAUAUCCUUACAUUGAGUAGUUUCAGCCAUUAAAGAAACCCCUCCCCCCAUUA